AUGUAUCAAACAAAAAAUGAAAUAACAGAAAAAUCUUUCAAUGAAGUAUCUACACAAUGUCAAAAUUCAAUAAAUACAUUUACAGAUGAACAAACACAAGUUUCACAAUCAAAUGAAUCUAAAGAUACUCAAACUUGUUAUAUUUAUUCACCAGCUCUUACUAAAAGCCAUCAAUCAAUGAUUUCAUCUAAACGUAAACAUCAAAUGCCAACAAAGAAAUACAUGUUUAUUAAUCCAUAUGCAAUUAUUGAUCGAGUUAAUCAAGGUGAACAAUUUCUUAAAUUUCUCUAUAAACAAAAUCGAAAACUUGAUUUAAUCUAUACAAAUUUUAUAAAACAUCUUCAGAAAUAUACGGAUAAUUUUCUUCUUUCUCUUCAACAAGAACAUUGUUUAUAUGGAAUCUAUCGACGAGAUAUGAUUCGAUAUAUGAUAAUAUUACAAGAACAUAUAAAUGAACUACGAACUAGAUUAAAUGUUCUCCAAGAAGCAAAUAAAAAUUUUGCUUUAUUUCAAAAACAUUUUCAUAAAAUUAUACAAACUAAAUAUCAAGAACAAUUCUGUAAAAUCUAUCAAACAAGUUAUAUUCAAUUGCAAACAAUUGAACAACAACGUCUUCUCGCUAUUCGUGAACAAAUGCGAUUUGCUAUGAAUUUAACGAUGAUUUCAACAAACGAUCAUAAUUUAUUUGCUUCAAAUGAUUUUGAUGAUUUAUUAAAUACUUGGAAUCAUCAACAUAUUGUUUCUAUAGAUCAUUGGGUACAUUUUUCUCGUCGAUCUACAAUAUCUCAGCAAGAUACUUCGUUCAUUUUACUCAAUGAAAUCAAACAAGUGGUUAAUGAAUAUUACAAUCAUCGACAAAAUAUGUCCAAUAAUAAACAUUUGACAUUAAGUCGUAUAUCUGAUCAAUUAAAUACAAUGGAUGAUGCAAAUGAUGAGUUUCUUAAACGAAUAGAUUCAAUUACAUCAAAUAUAAGAUAUACUCAUAUUUAA